AUGGUGCAAUAUAAUUUCAAGAAGAUAACAGUGGUACCAAAUGGGAAAGAUUUCAUUGACAUCAUUCUCUCUAGAACACAGCGUCAAACACCUACUGUUGUCCACAAAGGCUAUGCAAUUAAUCGUCUUCGACAGUUUUAUAUGCGAAAAGUCAAGUAUACUCAGACUAAUUUUCAUGAAAAGUUGUCCACUAUAAUCGACGAGUUUCCUCGUCUCGGCGAUAUUCAUCCUUUUUACGGUGAUUUGCUUCAUGUCUUGUAUAACAAGGAUCAUUACAAGCUUGCUCUUGGUCAGAUCAAUACUGCUCGGAAUCUCAUUGGUAAGAUUGCUAAAGAUUAUGUUAAGUUGUUGAAGUAUGGUGAUUCGUUGUACCGUUGUAAGUGUUUGAAGGUUGCUGCUCUUGGUCGUAUGUGUACUGUGGUUAAGAGGAUUGGGCCGAGUUUGGCUUAUUUGGAACAGGUUAGGCAGCAUAUGGCCAGGCUUCCUUCAAUUGAUCCGAAUACGAGGACGAUUUUGAUUUGUGGGUAUCCGAAUGUUGGUAAGAGCUCUUUUAUUAAUAAGAUUACUAGAGCGGAUGUUGAUGUGCAGCCGUAUGCUUUUACAACUAAGUCUCUUUUUGUGGGGCAUACGGAUUAUAAGUAUCUGAGGUAUCAAGUGAUUGAUACGCCAGGGAUUUUGGAUAGGCCGUUUGAGGAUAGGAAUAUCAUUGAGAUGUGCAGUAUCACUGCUCUUGCACAUUUGAGAGCGGCGAUAUUGUUUUUCUUGGACAUAUCCGGGUCUUGUGGUUACACCAUUGCUCAGCAAGCGGCUUUGUUUCAGAGCAUUAAGUCUUUGUUCUUGAACAAGCCUCUGAUUGUUGUGUGCAACAAGACUGAUUUGCAGCCGUUGGAUGGAUUAUCUGAGGAAGAUAUGAAGUUGGUGACGGAGAUGAAAGCUGAAGCGUUGAAGACUGCAAUUGGUCAAGGAGGCGAGGGGACGGAAGCGGAUGUGUUGUUGACCAUGAGUGCGUUGACAGAAGAAGGCGUGAUCGCGGUGAAAAAUGCAGCUUGUGAGAGGUUGCUGAAUCAGAGGGUGGAGAUAAAGAUGAAGUCUAAGAAAAUCAAUGACUGUCUGAACAGGUUUCAUGUUGCAGUUCCGAAGGCACGUGACCAGAAGGAAAGGCCUGUGUGUAUUCCCCCGGCAGUCUUGGAAGCUAAAGCUAAGCAAGCAGCUGCUGAGGAGAAGAGAAAAACAGAGAAGGAUCUGGAGGAAGAAAAUGGAGGGGCUGGUGUGUACUCUAUGAACUUGAGAAAGCAUUAUAUUCUGGCCGAUGAUGAAUGGAAAGAAGAUAUACUGCCAGAAAUUUUGGAUGGCCACAAUGUGUAUGAUUUCAUUGAUCCGGAUAUUCUACACAGGGUCGAAGAGCUGGAAAGAGAAGAAGGACUAAGGCAGGCAGAAGCUGAAGAUGAUGAUUUUGAGAUCGACGGAACUGAAUUGACGCCAGAACAGCAAGAGGCGUUAACUGAGAUUAGAAGGAAGAAAAGCUUGCUAAUCCAACAACAUAGGAUUAAAAAGAGCACUGCCGAGAGCAGACCAAUCGUCGCAAGGAAAUUCGACAAGGACAAUCAGUUCACAACAGAAAGAAUGGGAAGACAGCUGUCUUCUCUCGGGAUUGAUCCUUCUCUGGCUGUUAACAGAAUGCGUAGCAGAUCUGCAUCUAGGAAGGGUCGGAAAAGGGAGAGAUCACCAGAAGGAAGAAAUGAUGGGAUGGAUAUUGACGAUGACACUCCUAGCAAGAAGCAGCGUACGAGUCGAUCAAUGUCACGUUCCAGGUCGGUCUCUCGGCCCCCGCAUGAAGUUGUGCCUGGAGAAGGCCUCAGGGAUUCUGCUCAAAAGAUCAAGGCAAUUGGUCUUGCAAGGAAAUCCGUCAAGAAGAGAAACAAGAAUGCCAAGCGGGGAGAAGCCGAUAGAGUCAUACCUAAUCUUAAACCAAAGCACUUGUAUGCUGGAAAACGCCCCAAAGGAAAGACAGACAGACGUUAA